UGGGCAGGGCCACGCCUCGUGCGUAUAUUGGGGGAGCCCGGGCCUAGCCGAGCAGGUCCCGGUCUUAAAGGAGCCUCCGCCUGUUCUUUGCGGGCUGCAAGAAAAGGGUGGCGGCCAGCGACCGCAGCUCUGUAGGUGCCGGCUGCAGCCGUGCUGGAACUUUCAAGGGGGACGUUUACGGACGGCAGAAGGUUAGCUCUUUGAAGGCAGGAACCUUUGUUCACUACCACCACACCAGUACCUGCAACAGUGAGAGGGGACACAUACUAGGUGCUCAAUAAAUCUUGAUUGAAAAACUGGACUCAGCCGUGUGGAACUUGUCCCAGCAGAAAGGAGAAAAUAGGCUUCACUCACUCCUCUCUUCAUUGGAUCCUGUCAGCAGCCCUCCUCCUCUUGCCCAGAAGUUGAGUGAAGCACUUGGACUUCACCAAUAGAAGCAUAUUUAAAAAAAAAAAAAGAAAAGAAGGCUUCAUCACAAACAGGACCAUAUUUGGAGCUGAAAUGGAACAAGCAGUUGGCGAACCAAAGAAAGACCAGGUUACAGGGACACAUUUGACAGAAGACAUUCCAAAAGCCAAGAAGUGCACGGUGAUUGGAGGCUCUGGGUUCCUGGGGCAGCACAUGGUGGAGCAGUUGCUGGCAAGAGGCUACACUGUCAAUGUGUUCGAUAUGCGGCAGGGUUUUGACAACCCACAGGUGCAGUUCUUUCUGGGGGACCUCUGCAGCCAACAGGUAAUGGGCCAACCAGCCUUACCUAUUUCCCGUCGGCCCCAAAUGGAAAGCGGUGGACUUCCCCUGCUCAGAAGCCAGGACUUGUACCCAGCUCUGAAAGGUGUAAGCACAGUUUUCCACUGCGCAUCACCCCCACCAUCCAGUAACAACAAGGAACUCUUUUAUAGAGUGAAUUACAUUGGCACCAGGAACGUCAUUGAAACUUGCAAAAAGGCUGGGGUUCAGAAACUCAUUUUAACCAGCAGUGCUAGUGUCAUUUUUGAGGGCGUUGACAUCAAGAAUGGAACUGAGGACUUCCCUUAUGCCAUGAAACCCAUUGACUACUACACGGAGACAAAGAUCUUGCAGGAGAGAGAAGUCCUGGGUGCCAAUGAUCCUGAGAGGAAUUUCUUAACCACAGCCAUCCGCCCCCAUGGCAUUUUCGGCCCGAGGGACCCCCAGCUGGUCCCCAUCCUCAUUGAGGCAGCCAGAAAAGGCAAGAUGAAGUUCAUGAUUGGGAACGGGGAGAACUUGGUGGACUUCACCUUCGUGGAGAAUGUGGUUCACGGACACAUUCUGGCUGCAGAGCACCUCUCCCAAGACACGGCCUUGGGUGGGAAGGCAUUCCACAUCACCAAUGACGAACCCAUCCCCUUCUGGACAUUCCUGUCCCGCAUCCUGAUAGGCCUCAAUUACGAAGCCCCCAAGUACCACAUUCCCUACUGGGUGGCCUACUACCUGGCCCUCCUGCUAUCCCUCCUGGUGAUGGUGAUCAGUCCUGUCAUCCAGCUCCAGCCCACAUUCACUCCGAUGCGGGUCGCGCUGGCUGGCACAUUCCACUACUACAGCUGUGAGAGAGCCAAAAAGGCCUUGGGCUACCAGCCACUGGUCACCAUGGAUGACGCUGUGGAAAGAACUGUGCAGAGCUUCCACCACCUGCGGAGGGUCAAGUGAGGCUCCGAGACUGGGCCCUCUCACCACAUUCCGCCUCCAAUACCUCUCCUCGUGGAUCAAGAAACUAACCUCCUUCAAGUGACUUUCUUCUGAGCUCAGGUACCUCCUGCCAGUUAGAUAGGAGCACACCCGGCCUUUCCAUGACCACAAGUAAAGCCUUAGUGGAAGCACGGGAUCAGACUUGGACUUUUAGCUUUGUAUUCAGCUUUGUAUUCUUCUGUUUUGUGUUCUCUCUCCCAUCCCCCCCUCUAUCCUGGGGUCCUUAUCAUCCCACUGUCCUUGUACAUAAUCAAGGAAGCUGUAGCAAAGAACCGAUCCCUUUGCUAAUUGAGGAUGGAGAACUAGAUUCAUUUCCAUGCAAACCAAUACAAGAGUAGAAGCCACAGACUGUUCAAGGAGCCACAUAUUACAAACAUCCUAGAGGAGAAACAGAAACACAUGGUGAGACUGCAAGUGUACAUUUUAAAUAGAGUUUAGAGCAAGCAAACACUUCCAAAAAGCUUAAGCAACUGUAACCCUCCCCCUCCAUCCCUCAUGGUUUCCCUCCUUACAUGCUUCCAAGUUCUCCAAGGCCCAGUUGCAGUGCCUGUCUGCAUUGUUUUGUUUUUUUCUUCAUAAAACAUUCUGUCAUGGUCACAUUUCACUUUAUCAACAGAUUCCUGUUGUCCUUAGUGACACAGCAGUGGCCUGACCCGUGGCAUGCUCUUUCAGCUGUUUAGCGAAUCUCCUGACAUCAGACUGCUUGAUAGUGUGGUAUGGGAAAGGUCAGACAGAAAAGAGUCUCCUUUAUCUGCUUGGAGUUUGGGCAGAAAGGGCACUUCACUCAUAGAACCCCUCACGCAGAACCCUUCCGGCCAAUUUCCAGAAGGCCUAGCACACAUAAUGACUCAGCGUUCUCUCUUUCCUGGUGAUGUUCUGCUUACAGAACCUGGUUUCUUCUAAGACUAAUUGACAUGUAAUCUUCAAGACCUAUUUUCUUUUCUCCUUUUGUCCAAAGUUGGGGAGGCUGGAAUAAAGACAUUGCACGUGCCA